AAAUAUGCUCUGUGAAAACCAGAAAAUUGAGCCAUGCAUAUUUGUGCCAAAAGAAACUACCAAAAACAGAGCAUUUGAACACUCUCCAAAGCUAUGUCCCUCCGCAAGACACUCACAAAUCUCCUACACACUUUCAACGACAAAACCGCAGUGAUCGCAGCAUCACUCUCACUCAAACGCCGCGUGUCCUCCGUUCGCGUUCAUGUCCUUCGCGCCACCACUCACCGCCUCGCCGCUCCUCCGUCCGAGUCCCAAAUCGCCGCCGUUCUCUCCGCCGGCCGCAGCUCUUAUCUCCUGCCACGCACCUGCAUAGAGGCAAUCAUGGACCGCCUUCACAGAACCCAAAGCGCCACAGUGGCACUGAAAUGCCUCUUCACUCUCCACAACAUCGUAUCGGAGGGACCCUUAACGCUAAAGGACAACCUAUCGCACUACCCUUCGCGCGGAGGACACAACGCCCUUAACCUCGCUACCUUCCGUGAUGAUACGGACGUGCAAUCUCUGGAGCUCAGCUCGUGGGUUCGAUGGUACGCGAAUGUUCUUGAACAUGUCUUGACGGUUUCGCGCGUUUUAGGUUAUUAUCUGACAAACAACGGCGCUGAAAGAAAGUUUUCGGGAGUGUCUAGUGUUGAGUUGCUGUGUGAAAUACGAGGUUUAGUCGAUUUCGUGGAGCAGGUGAGCCACGCGCCUGAGUCGCUGCACCUUCAGAGGAUCGACUUGGUGUAUGGCGUUGUGAGAUUGGUGUGCGAUGAUUACGGGCGCGUGCAGCGCGAGAUAUCACUGCGCGUGGAGGAGAGUGAGAGGAGGGUGGGGGAUUUGGGUGUGGACGAGUUGAGAGAGUUGGUACGGUGUUUGAAGAGGUUGGAAGAGUGUAGGGAAAGGUUGGUGGUUUUGUUUGUGAAUAGAAAGAAAAACGAUUCGUUUUGGGAUUUGAUUGGUAGGGUUAAGAAUGAGGGUGUGGUGGUGAUGGAGGAAAUGGAGGGGAAGUGGUUGACGGUGGUGGUGAAGGGUCGGAACGAUUUGACUGAGUCGACUCGGUUUACCAACCCGUUUCUAGAGCCCGGCGAAAUUUUAUAUUCCGGUCCCACCGGGUGGCGCGUGGCCACAUGUCAGCUAACUGUUCCAUCGUUGGGAUGACAAUUUCCAACGGUCUUAUUGUCAAUAAGGUGCGUCAUUUGUCGUUUGUCUGUUUUCCCUUUUUCAUUGUCUCUCCCGUUCAUUUUUUUACUUUUGAUUUUUUUUUUUGAGGGGAUUUUGAUUUUUACAAUGUAUAGUUUUCGACAUAUCACAGAGAUAUUUGUAGAUAGAAGAAAGAUUUUGUAUAAUUUUGACUUUAAGUCUUGUUGGUUGGAGUUAGUCUGAGUUGUAAUCCGUUGGGAUGUCAUAUGUGGACGCUUUAUCGGCGGGUCCAACGUUAGGAAAAGAGAAAGAAAUUUCGUUACAGUUUCUUCUUUUUUGUAAAGAAUAUUUUUCAUGAUUAAACUUGAUUGAACAAUUGAGGAAGAAUUUUUGGUCCAUUGCAUAAUGGCGU